AUUUUUAAAUGACCAUUCGAAAUUCCGUUAAAGGUUUGAAUACGAUGACAAACCGCCAAAGACUUAUCGAUUCAUCGCUAACUUUGUCAUCACUAAGCUUAAUGGUAUAUAUCAACAGUUUAGUUUUGGUCAUACUGACAUGGACGCGAAAACAUUGGAUUCGGAAUUUUUGGAAAUUAAACCAAAAAUACACUAUUUAAGUGCCCAGGAGCUUAUUGCACAUCGUCACUCGGAAUUCGAACCUUUCGGUGGAGGAUUAAAACGAACACAAAAUGAGGGAACUGAAUCGGAACUUGAGGAGCUUAGACGAGCACACGACCAUUUACGAGCUCAGUUGUCAGUCCCCCGUAUAGAAAGACUUGGAGGCAGAGCUCUCGCCAUCUGGAAUGAAGAGCAACAAGUGGCAGAAGUCCAGCGCAAAGAUGGGAAAUUCGAAAACUUCGGAUACAGUGAGCAGGGGAAACUCUACUUGGAAUACUACGAAGCUAUGUUCCUUUUGGAAUUGGGGCGUUUACAACUGGAGUACUAUGGAACAGUAGUUUCAAUAGAGCAGGCGUAUGUGCUCCUUCUUGGUGAGUUGGAAAGCGAAAAGUACGCCAACUACCUAGUCUUUUCGGCUUUAUCCCGUGCUGGCUAUAUAGUUAUCAGACAUAAACCUCCUGAGAAAACACCUGAAGAUGUGACUAACGCAGAUUGCAUUUGGGCGCUGCUGAAAGAGAAACUGGGAAAUCAUUCAACACCAGAGCACAUUAAAACCUCACCUUUUUAUGCGGCUGUAGAGAAGCGUAUGGAAGAUAUGAAGAAUCUCAUUAUAUCACCAAAAAUAGAAGAACCCAAAACCGCAGAAGAAUCCAUAGAUUUACAAUUUGGCUCGAGAAAGCGCAAGACUAAUGAAAUUCUAACUGAAGAACCUAUCAGUAAAACGGAAAGACUUUCCACAGUGGGUAGAAGUCUAGUGGAUCAAUUAAAAACUGAAUUUUCUUAUACCAAAUUUGAAAAGGUCUUCGAAAAGUUCGAUAUUGUGCAACUUAAGAGGCGAGAUUAUACCAAAGAAGAUACCGCUGUUCCGUCUGCCCUAAAAAUAACUUUUGAUCUGCAUCUUCACAACGAGGGCUUUAAGAAAAGUUCACCAAAACCACCAAACUUUAAUGUAAUAAUUCUCCCAUCGCAGGGGGCAUUUCCCACCCAUGAUGAGAUCUCCAAGUUUCAAAAUCACUCCGCACCACUGCUCGUCGUAUCCGUUAGCGAGUCCAAGCAAAUACAGGCCUUUCUGUACUAUAUUAGUUGAUGAUUACCAUUAGUACGGAUGUGCCACCUCAAUAAAUUGUACGUGUUAAUAUAUGCAAAUCACGAACGAAUUAUUUUGUUUACAAGACAUUGUUUAUAAAAGAAAUUCCGGCCGGAGAAAAACUCACCAAAAACAAGGAAAAUAUGUCAAAAUAUUGGUAUUACCAAAAAAAUAUAUCUAAAACAAGUUUGCUAACUGAUAUUAAGCAAAAGAAAAAUUCGCCAUAAAACUACGGAGUUGAUGGUCAUGUGAGCCUGCAUCUCUACCACCUUAGAUAUUAUACUCAAAAUUUGAAAUGAAAAAGUUUG